CUGCAACUGGGCAAGUGAGAGAUCAGGACAGAGAAUGACUCCUGAAGAAUACAGACCAUUACUGGGGCCAACGACUGAGCGGGACACCGAGGAGGAGCAGUAUUUUCAUAAUGUGUGCAACAGAAAUCUGUACCUGGCUACGUUCGCUGCUGUUUUGGGGCCUCUUAGUUUUGGAUUUGUCCUUGGUUACAGUUCUCCUGCCAUUCCAGAAUUGGAAGCUACUCCAAACCCAUACCUGAAUCUUGAUUCCACUCAGGCUUCCUGGUUUGGGUCCUUGGUUACGAUAGGAGCAGCCGUGGGUGGCAUAAUUGGAGGCUGGAUUAUUGAUAAAAUUGGCAGAAAGCCGAGCCUGAUGAUCUGUGCUGUUCCCUAUGUUGCUGGGUUUACGAUGAUCAUUGCAGCACAGAAUGUCUGGAUGUUGUAUGGUGGUCGAGUAUUGACUGGAAUGGCCAGUGGCGUGACCUCGCUUGUUGUGCCAGUGUACAUUUCGGAAACAGCCCACCCUAAAGUACGAGGGCUGUUAGGGUCCAGUGUGCAGCUGAUGGUGGUAACCGGAAUUAUGGGUGCAUAUGUCGGCGGAAUGGUCUUACCCUGGUAUUGGCUUGCUGUGCUAUGCUCCUUACCACCAACCAUCAUGGUUGUACUAAUGAGCUUCAUGCCAGAAACUCCAAGGUACCUGCUGAGUAAGAACAAACGUGCUGAAGCACGACAAGUGCUGGUAUGGCUCAGAGGACCUGAAGUGGAUUCUGAAUGGGAAUUUAGGCAGAUCGAAACAAGUUGCGAUGAACAGGAUACCAAAUUUGCACUUUCAGAGCUAAAAAAUCCAACAAUUUACAAGCCUCUUCUUAUUGGAAUAUUUCUGAUGCUGUUUCAGCAGUUAAGUGGAAUCAAUGCAGUUAUGUUUUAUGCAGAAACCAUCUUUGAACAAGCAAAUUUUAAGAACAGUAGUGAGGGCUCGGUAAUAGUUGGUGCUGUUCAGGUAGUUUUCACAGCUGUGGCAGCUCUCAUCAUGGACAAAGCGGGGAGAAAACUUCUCCUGGCAGUAUCAGUGUUGAUCAUGUCCAUCAGUGCAGCUGUCUUCGGGGUAUAUUUUAAGAUCUGGCAAGCAAAUAUCAACAACUCCUCUCUUCAUAAAGCUGACAUUUUAACUGUUGUGAAUUCGGUCUCUGAGGCAAAAAGUGUUCCAACGUGGUUACCUCUCGUCUGUCUGGUUGUUUUUAUAGCAGGUUUUGCACUUGGCUGUGGCCCUAUUCCAUGGUUGGUGAUGUCAGAGAUAUUUCCCAUCAGAGCGAGAGGUAUAGCAAGUGCAGCAUGUGUCCUAGCAAACUGGUCAGCCGCAUAUUUGGUAACCAAGGAGUUCCAUGACCUUGUUGAGAACAUUACUCAAUAUGGGACCUUCUGGCUCUUUUCCAGUUUCUGCCUCAUGAACCUGCUCUUCACAAUUUUCUUUGUUCCUGAAACAAAAGGAAAAACACUGGAACAAAUUGAGGCCCAUUUUAAAGCAACUGCUUAAGGGCAGGCAAACUGAAUUACUUAUUUUUAAAGCUGCCUUUGUUCAGUCUUGUAUAUCUGUGAUUAUAUACAGAUCUUUUUAAGUGGUACCUCGCCUGGGGCCCUCACUGAUGUUGCAACUGUUGAUAUCAUAAUCGCCAUUGUUCAUUUCCUUUCAUCAGUCCACCACUUGCCUUCCACUUGCCCCCUGUAGCUUGAAACAAAAAUUCUAGGACAAGGAGAAGACGUGUGACACUAGCAUACGUGGAAGCUGAUGAUUGGACCCAAAUGCUUAUAGUUCUGUAUUGAUUUAAUUUUUAAUGUUUUGAUUUUUUAUAAGUUUUAAUCAUAUUUUAUCUUAUUCUGGUUUGUCUUAGCAAUUGUCCAUCGUUGCUAUUGAAUUUGAGUGAUUUAGUGGAGAAAUCCCAACUGACAAAGUUCAUAUGCAAGCAGUUAUAGGGGUAGUUUUUGGGGCAUUGUGAACUGGGAACUAGCAAAUGGGAAGCCUUUUUUUUUACAUCUCCCAAUUUGCUACGGACCAAAGUCAAAAGGACCCCAUAGUUUUCGCACUACACAGUGCAUACUAUUUUUAAAAACAAAUAAUUUAAGGCCCAUUAUUAAAAGCAAUGGCUUAGCGCUGACAGUUACCUGAUCUUAAAAAGAAAUGUGCACAGCAAUGUAAUAUGGGACACAUUAAACAUUUCUACUUUUAGAACAGAGUGAUUAUGUGUGCCCUAUCUAGUUGUGGGGGGGGGGGGGCAGGGUGCCAAGGGCAUGGUCUGAGAAAAUGCAGGACAGAUUCUGCAGUGCAGCAGCCGGAGACAAAUUACAGAGCAAAUUGUUUGCUUGCCUUGUGAGGGAAUGGUGCCAGGGGUGACUGAAGUAAAGGACAGAAACCAUAUUAAAAUGGGAGACUCAGCAAUAAUUUUUUUAAAUUAUUCCUAACCAGUGGAUGAAAAUGAGUAGGAAAUAGCCAUAAAGAAGUUUCACUGCACUGUAAAGUAUUCGGAAAGCGUAGUCUGAAGCUGGGUUUAUGACUUUCCAGUUUGAUAUCCAAUCAGUAUGGCCCCAUAACAUAUAUUGGAACUGAAAUGCAGGAUCCGAAAAUUGAUCUUUUAAUUAUGCUAUUUUAAGUUGAAGGUAGAGUUGUUAAGAUUCUAUAGUCCUUGUUGCUUUGAUAUAUUGCACAUUUUAAGAGAUCACGUACUUGUAUUUUCCAUCUUGAUUCAGAUUUAACACACUACCUCGCUGAAUAAUGUCAGCAAAGUGUAGCAUCAUUGUUAAUUCUAUUUGUUUGCUUGCCUUGUGAGGGAAUGGUGCCAGGGGUGACUGACGUAAAGGACAGAAACCAUAUUAAAAUGGGAGACUCAGCAAUAAUUUUUUUAAAUUAUUCCUAACCAGUGGAUGAAAAUGAGUAGGAAAUAGCCAUAAAGAAGUUUCACUGCACUGUAAAGUAUUCGGAAAGCGUAGUCUGAAGCUGGGUUUAUGACUUUCCAGUUUGAUAUCCAGUCAGUAUGGCCCCAUAACAUAUAUUGGAACUGAAAUGCAGGAUCCGAAAAUUGAUCUUUUAAUUAUACUAUUUUAAGUUGAAGGUAGAGUUGUUAAGAUUCUAUAGUCCUUGUUGCUUUGAUAUAUUGCACGUUUUAAGAGAUCACGUACUUGUAUUUUCCAUCUUGAUUCAGAUUUAACACACUACCUCGCUGAAUAAUGUCAGCAAAGUGUAGCAUCAUUGUUAAUUCUAUGUUUACCUUUGUUUGUUAAAAUGUGAAUUAUCGAAUAUUUGCUCGAGUUUUGAUUAAUUACGUUGAACUUGUUGCCAAUAUUGAAUAAAUUCAAUAUAAUGGGA